AGGGCCUUAAAUUGUAAGACACCAUGGAGACUGCGGUGCUGAACCUCCAGGGCUUAUAUGAAAGGAUGAGGACGCAAGUUGACCUUCUCAGUGAGAACAUUGAACCCAACUUUAUUCAGAUGGCCCAAAACUUUGAUGACUGCCGUCGCAAAUGGCUAAAGACUGAGCAUGAACUGGGGUCAUGCAAAGAGAUGCUGAGAAAAACGGAGACUGAGAGGGGAGCCUUGGAGGUCAAACUGAAGCAUGCCCGUAACCAGGUAGACGUGGAGAUACGGCGCAGACAAAAGGCUGAGACAGACUGUGAGACACUGGACCGUCAAAUUCAGUUGAUCCGGGACCUCUUGACCUGUGAGGGAUCCAGUAACAGCAUCCAGUUGAGUGCAGAACAGCGCUCAGCUCUGGCUUUCCUGAACACAAACUGUCAGGCAACAACCAACCUUAAUACCAGCCGGAGACUGAUGACGAUAGAUGAAUCAGGCUCCAUCUUGUCAGAUAUCAGCUAUGACAAAACGGAUGACUCUCUUGUAACUGCCAUGGAAUGGGACUCUGAAUCUGUCAAGUCUGAGGAUGUCUUCAAGCAGCCUGCCAACCCUGAGCUAGAGAUGAAAGCUGCGCCUAGUACUCCACAAAGCAAUGGAGGCGUCCGCCUUCAUGAGUUUGUCUCCAAAACUGUCAUUAAGCCUGAAUCCUGUGUGCCCUGCGGAAAGAGGAUCAAGUUUGGCAAGAUUUCACUGAAGUGCAGGGACUGCAGGGUGGUCUCGCACCCCGAGUGUCGUGAGCGCUGCCCUCUACCAUGCAUCCCCAACCUAGGUGGCACACCAGUCAAAAUUGGGGAGGGUGUUCUCGCAGACUACGUCCCAGACACAUCACCCAUGAUCCCUCCCAUUGUGGUCCACUGUAUCAGUGAGAUCGAGCAAAGGGGACUGCAUGAAGUGAGUGCUGUUUCACUAGUUGCUGACAGUUUGGACACCAAGAUGGACAUCAGUAACCUGUCCCGAGUUUUUGGUCCAACAAUUGUGGGACACGCAGUUCCCAAUCCUGACCCUAUGACAAUCCUACAGGAUACCAAACGGCAGCCUAAGGUAAGCUUGGAAGAUGAGACACAGCUCUUGCAUACCUGUCCUAGUCCUGACAUUUCAUGGGAGGCUGAGAUUGUAAAUGUUAACUGUUUUGAUAUUUCAGUGAGCAUACUGGGACCUCUGACCACUCCGGAGUACCAGCUCAAUAAAACCCCCUCCUCCAGCUCUCUGUCUCAGCGCAUGAAGUCCUCUCUGACACCCAGAUUUGGGUCAAAGAGCAAAUCAGCAGUGGGAUUUUCUCGCCAAGGAAAGUUCUUUUCUUCUCCGCUCCUCAAAUAAUAUCAAAGCAGCUGCAUUUAAUCCUUUAUUCUUACUGCAAUAACAGCGACUAGUUUGUUUUAUGAAUAACAUUUAAUUGCGUCUAUAAACACCUCCAAUGUAGUCUUCCUCUGCAUUCUUAAAAAUUCUGUUUCUGAAUGUUAGUUUUUAUUGUUUUCUUUUGUUUGUUUUUAACAUUUGUAAAAUGGGAUUUUUUUUUUAUUUUUUAUUUUUAAAACAACUAGUUUUUUCUGUCUGUGCACACAUGUGUCUUUAGGACUGUUGCUCCUAAUAAAUGUCCAGAGUGGCAUUCUCAUUUCAGAUGACAACACA